AUGAAAAAUCACACAGAAAUAACAACAUUCAUCUUAUUAGGACUUACAGAGGAUCCACAGCUACAAGUUCUACUUUUUAUCUUUUUCUUUCUCACCUAUAUCAUGAGCAUUACUGGAAACCUAACAAUUAUCAUCCUUACAUUUACAGAUUCCCAUCUCAAAACACCCAUGUAUUUUUUUCUUCGAAAUUUCUCCUUCCUAGAAAUUUCAUUUACAACAGUCUGUAUCCCCAGAUUCUUAUAUAGCAUAUCAACUGGAGACAACACCAUAACUUAUAAUGCUUGUGCCAGUCAAAUAUUUUUUAUUGGACUUUUUGGGGCCACAGAAUUUUUCCUCCUGGCAGCCAUGUCUUAUGAUCGCUAUGUGGCCAUCUGUAAACCUCUUCAUUACAUGACCAUCAUGAAUAGUAGAGUCUGCACCAUGCUUGUCCUCUGCUGUUGGAUUUCUGGAUUGACGAUAAUCAUCACACCACUUGGUAUGGGGCUCCAGCUAGAAUUCUGUGACUCCAAUGUCAUUGAUCAUUUUGGUUGUGAUGCAUCUCCUCUUUUUAAGAUUUCAUGCUCAGACACUUGGUCCAUAGAACAGAUGGUUAUAAUUUGUGCCAUACUGACAUUCAUCAUUACACUGAUAGCUGUUGCUCUUUCAUACAUAUAUAUCAUUAGGACAAUUUUAAGGUUCCCUUCAGCUUCUCAGAGAAAAAAAGCUUUUUCCACUUGUUCUUCUCACAUGAUUGUUGUUUCCAUCACGUAUGGCAGCUGUAUAUUCAUCUAUGUCAAGCCUUCAGCUAAAGAAGAGGUCGACAUCAAUAAAGGGGUAUCUGUGCUCACUACCUCCGUUGCUCCUAUGUUGAAUCCCUUCAUUUAUACUUUGAGAAACAAACAAGUAAAACAAGCUUUCAAUGACACAAUCAAGAAAUUUUUACUUAUAUUACACAAAUAG